CCAACCAUCCGCAUCCGUUGCAUCCGACGACGACGUGCCAUGCCAAGUGUCAGUCCCAGCUCCGCGCCUGGCGCGCCUGGCGCGCCUGGCUUGCGGCGCCUCGGAAGCCUCAAAGCCAACAGCGCGGAUGAGAGCUGUUUCGAUCUCCAGCAGGCCUUGCCCCAAUUGCUGCGCUUAUUGGAUGGUUCCACUAGCAGCCGUGGUUGGAAACUCUGCCCAAUCGGGGUGAGCAAUGCGGCCUGGCUCUUGGAGAAUGAUCAUAGAGAAGGAUGGAUGAUCAAGCGCGUGAGUCGCAAACGUUUGGGCAGCAACUUGCCCACGAACCUGGAAAACUGCGAUCAGCUCCUACAGAGAUUCCCGGAUCUUCUGAAGGAUUCCCGGCUCGCCUUUCCCCAUAGCACGGUCGAGAUCUGGAGUCCCAACGGCAAGAAACGCUUCAAGUCUGACCUCUUAGUCGCCCGGCGCUGCGCGGGAGUGCAGUUGGGUCGCUUCAUUGCCGAUCUGGACUUGUCGACGUGGCAGGAUCAGGAACGCCUCGAAAGCGUCUGUGCAGGCGUUGGGGAGUUGCUCGCGGACUUUCACAGGCAGUACAGCGAUGGUGGCGAAGUGAUGUACCACACGGAUUUUCACCCCACCAAUGUGCUUUACGAUGUGCAGACGGACAGUCUCACCAUUGUCGAUCUCGAAGGGAUGGGCUGCGGCGGCAUCACCGAUGACGUGGAGAAAUUCGCCCUGCUCAUGAAAAACAUAGUGGGGGAGCGCUAUAGCCAAGCCUUUCAGCAGAGAUAUCUGCAGAUGGCGCCGGAGGAAGUUCUGUCGGCGAACAAGGCAGAACGAAGCAGUUCAAAGUCGACUGCUGCCAGUAGCGCCGAGCUCUUGUAUCCACUGUCCUCCUUAGCAUCCGCCACGGCCGGUAACGCGCGUGAGGGCUUCCAAACCCUUAGCACGUUGGCUGUGCCGGAGACCGGUCUAGAUGCGCAGAAGAGCGUCGUCACCCUGGCGUGGCUCAUCUCGCCCAGCGAGGAGCUCACGGCGCCCAAGGUGCAGCCCGUGCGGCGCCGCAAGGCUUGGUUGCUGCACCAGAGCGGCCGUAAAGACGGCUACUACCUGCAACACGUGCCCGAAGACGCUUAUGGAGGCUGUGGGACCUCGAUUGAGAAGAAGUGCGAGGAGUAUAUCAACGAAUUUCCCGAGAUAUUGGAGGAUCCGCACCUGGCGUUUCCGCACUGCGUCAUCCCCCUGCAGCCGCUGGCGUUGAAGAUGCCGAGCGCUGGAAAGGUCUUUGUCGCAAAGUGUGCGUGUACGGCCACUCUCGAGCAGUUUGUGACGGAGUGGCGACAAGAGCAGAAGGACGAGGAGGAGCUGAAGCUGAUCUUCCGCCAGGUAGGGAUCCAGCUCUCAGAGUCCUUGGGCAAAUACACCACGCCCAUCACACCUCAGCUCCGACCGAGCUGCGUGCUGUACGAGGCGGCCACGGGGCAGAUCGCCUUUGCGGACUUUGCGUGGCCAGGAGAUGCCAUGAACGCUGUGAGCGCCGUGGAUCGCCUUGGAAAGUCGUUGAGGCUCUUUGCGGACCACGCUUUGGUGGAAGAGUUCUGUGAGGGCUACGCCCAGACGCAACGCAGCCGACGGAAGAACACCUGGAGCCACGUGUGUUGGGCCUGGAGUUCUCCGCGCAGAAGUGAGUCCAGCGAUGAGGAAACGGAGCUGCACUACGAGGAGGAAACGGAGCUGCUCCGCGAGGAGACGGAUCUGCCGCCUGCGGACUGCAGCACCAUGUGACGUCCGUCGUCACCGUCGUCACCGUCGCGGGAGGGCAUGGGUCACGUCCCAAAAAGGUCCCUGGUCCGAGAGGUUGGUGGUGAAAAC